CGUUGGCAUGGUCCAUCUGUUGCCCUCCUUUCUGGUUUGAGAUUGCCUACGCUGCAGGUUCUGGAGGAAUCCCACAUUCUGAAACUUUCUGCAGCUCUCAGGCAUAUGUAUUAUCGCAAACUUUGCUGAUGGCAGGCGACAUAUAAACUUUGACGAAGGGCAAGCUAGCCAGCAGCUGACCAAUUAUUCAUCGCAAAAAUGUCUCAUCUGAGCAUCCUCUCCUUCAAGUACAAUCUCGCGAAGCUCCGGUCCAAGGCCGGCCGGCCAAUUGGGCGGCCGCUGUCGGCCAGGGACCGCCAGUACUCCGACCUGAGCACCUACAAGCCCGACGACGAGGAGAUGAAGAAAGUUUUCAGCAUGAUAGCUGGCCAAUCCCACGGGAAGAUCAGCAAGAAAGACCUGCAGCUGCUGCUGGAGAGGUUCGGGAAGGCGGACGCCGCCGCCGAGGCCCGGCGGAUGAUGUGCGUCGCGGACCACAACAAGGACGGGUACAUGGACCUGGAGGAGUUCAUGGAGGUGCACCGGAACGGCGUGCAGCUCGGGGACAUCCGUCGGGCCUUCUUCGUGUUCGACAGGAACGGGGACGGCAGGAUCAGCGCGGAGGAGGUCAUGACGGUGCUGUGCAACCUCGGGCAGAGCUGCAGCCUGGAUGACUGCCGGAAGAUGGUGAGGGAGGUCGACAGGAACGGCGAUGGCUUCGUGGACAUGGACGAGUUCAUGGUCAUGAUGACUCGCCCGCGGAGGAAGCCGUGAGCACCGAGCUUGCUUAGCUUCCGUGCACGUCGUGAUGUAAAUAUGCCAUGCAAUUCAUAUCCUGAAUAAUAUGAUGAUCAGAUUGAAAUCA